AUGACUAAGUUAGAGGGAAUGUUUCGUGCAUUGAAAAGUCGAAAUUUAGCUAGUAAAAACGGGGUUUACAAUGUCAGGUGUCAUCAGCUGUAUGGUCCUACAUUUCCCGGUUUUUGGGUGCGCGUAGGUUUAGGGGUGGGUGCGCCGAGGUUUACUCUUAAAUUC